AUGGAUGACCCCAAACUACCCUCUCAUCACGCCUCCAUCUCUCUGAUUGCUAGGCUGGAUCAUUUGGAGUUCGUUAUGAAAUAUUUAGAAAGAAAACAAAGAUGUGGCAGCAAUGUCCCUGCUGACAAAGCCAAACAAUUCUUGGAUUUGUCCACCAAAGAGGAUUUCUUUAAAGGAACAUUGAUGGAUCGUGUUGCCACUCUCGAACACAGACUUUUUAAGCUUUACGUAGAGAUUGAUUCGAGUGGCAACUCUCUCCCUUUGUCCCGUGAUGCCACACAAACUUCUGGGGAGUUUCCGUCCAGCCAGAGUUCCAAGACAGAAAUAUGUUACUCAUUUCCAACUUUCAACAAUCUCCCAAAUAAUGUUGAGAGAGGAUUAAUGCCUAUUACGACAACUGAAAUAUCGCAGUGCAACGACUUAUGCAGCAAAGAAACCAUUUACAAGGAAAAAUGUGAGAGCGAGAAGCGAGACUCGUGCCCUCUUCCUAAACAGCAGGUGCAGGUGGUGAAGAAUAGACAUAAGAAGAAUGAAAAGAAAUGCAAAGUUGAGAAGAAACGAGUAUCUCCCAUUAGUUGGCCACAUUUAAAACUGCUAGGUUGCUGA